GCCGAGAACUCGCAGGCAGAGGCCGAGAAGGAGGCAGGGGAAGGUUGAAUAUCGGAUUUUCCACUGCCACAAGGACAGAACAUGUCUUUGAAGAUGGAGAUGGAUGUGAGUGGAGUGUCUAGGGCACAUGUGGGACCAUCAGCUGAAGGUAAAGCCACAUUAAAGCCAGAGGCAGAGAGGCCUCGCUGUGCCAGCACCCCUUGCUCACCCAUCAGAGGGACUGUAGCAGGCUAUCAGAUCCUCCACAUGGACUCCAACUAUCUGGUGGGCUUCACCACGGGUGAGGAGCUGCUCAAACUGGCCCACACAUGGUCAGAGAGCCCCCCAGAUAAGGGCUCUGUGUUAGAGGCUUUGCCGAGCCCUCUCCCUAGCACUGUCCCCAAAUCACUAAACCUGGGCGUACACCACUCCUCCCGAAUCUUUAAAGCCAAAAAUCGCUACUACCAGCCAUAUGACAUUCCUGCUGCCAGUGGGAGGAGGCGGCGCCGCAUGCCCAGCUCUAGUGAAACUCUCCUCAAAUCUCUGGGUCCUGGGGACACAGUCAGGACCCUCCACACACCACUGCCCCUCUGUUUGCUCAAGGGCAAAAGGGCCCAAUCCAAGUCACUGGACUACCUGAAUCUGGACAAGAUGACUAUCAAAGAGUCCACAGACACUGAGGUCCUCCAGUACCAGCUACAGCACCUCACGCUGCGAGGAGAGCGAGUGUUUUCUAGAAACAAGACAUGAAAACAUCACUUUGCCUUCAAACAUCUCCUAACCAUCCCGGGGAUUUGGGUGCUAUUCUCAGCUCUGGUUUCUCACCUGAGGUUCUUAGCAGUUCCGUCUGAUAAUCCUGUUAGAUCAUUGGAGUAUACCUCGUAACAUAGGUUUGUGAAUUCUUAAAAUAUUCCUUACACUCUACUAAGGUUGUUGGGGUUAAAAUGUGAAAAUAGCAAUAACUGGUAACUUAUUUAAGAAACUAUAGUGUGUGCGUGUACAUAUCGGAGAUGCAUUGAUGUGUCAGCAUCAGCUGAUAGAAGCACAUAUCACCCACCGACUGUCAGCUUUAAAUGCAACAUGAGAGUUUUACUGCCAUCUGCGAGCUGUGCUACUGAAUGGAUGUGAUUCCUUCUGUGACCUGUAUUCAGACACCACAGACCUUAUGAUUUAUCAUUCUAAAUUCUUGUCAGUCUUUUAACACAUAAUCAUAUCAUCUGAGAAGCGUAGGCCAAGUCUGCAUGACACUCAAUAAAUAUAUCACAGUUGGCUGCCUAAAUAAAAAAAUCUUCUUUACUGUUUUGUGGCCUUUGUGCCUUGAACCAGUUGGAGGCCACAUAUGAUGUUAAUUUUCAAAAAUACAUAUUUUUUCCUUUUUACUGUCCCCAAACUUAGGUGCACUUAAUAUGUUGUGCAGUCCCAAAUCCACUAACAUUAAUCUUUGUUUUAUUCUUAAACCUUAAUGUGACAGACUAACUGAUGUAACUGGGUGACACAGUGAUCACUCAGCAGUUUGGUUUGGUUUUGGGCGUGGCCGCAGUGCCUCUACUGUAGAUGUAUUUAAUAAUAUCCUCACAUAUUCCUACUGCAAAUGCAGUGUAUCUCUGGGCAUCUUCAUAUCUUAUUAUUAUUUUUUUUAAAUCAAUUUUCAGUUCAAAUUCUCCAGUACAAUUUUGUUAAAUACACAAACAACAAUAUUUCAGUUAUUUGUUAUCAAUUUAUUUCUAUUUUAUUUUACUAAAGAAAAGCAAUAGAAAUGCUUAUUCAUUAUUGAGCCCCUCUGUGUUAAAUGCUUUAGUGAUCAUUUUAUUUUCAUUUUAUACUUAUCACUCUUAAAGUCUGACAAUCAGAGUAAAGCUGCUAAUGCAGUAUGUAGAGUUAUGAUCUUAUUAUCACUAUGAAGGAAUUGCUGUCAAUGACUUGUUAUUGAUCUUCAGGAUACCUCUUAGUCUUAAAUGAGGACUUUUUGAAUUAUUUGUUUUCAAAAGUAUAUUACAUUGUGUCUUUGUAUCUCAGUUAAUUUAAACCCAAACCAGUUUCUGCACGGUCUACAUGCUCCUUUUACAGUUUGUGCACUGUCCAGUUUUUGUCACAUCUGUCCCCAUCACAUUGUUUGAGCUACCUGCUGGGAACUCAACAGUGACUAGUGUUGCUGUUACAGGACUGGGAAUGUGCUUUGUUU